AGUAGAGACGCUACAUACUGAUAUACACCCGAACAUCAGCAGGUGAGGACUCUUUAAAGAAGAGACGCUACAUACUGAUAUACACCCGAACAUCAGCAGGUGAGGACUCUUUAAAGUAGAGACGCUACAUACUGAUAUACACCUGAACUUUAAGACAUAAAUAGAAGUAUUUGUGUGCAUCACAGAAGAUCCAUAUAAUUAUAAAUAUAAUAUAAUGAUCAACUUUUAUCUAACAACAAUACUCAAACUUAUAAUAGAUAUACAAAUAAUGAAGACUCUCAUGAUGAAAGAUAUCCCAAAAUACUCGCGUUUUCUGGAAAAGAUUACAUUACAUUAUACAUCAAAACUAUAUUAUGAUAGCGCUAUAUAAUAACAGAGAUAUAACUAUUAUCAUUUUACUUAAAUAUAAUGGGUUAUUAUUUCUAAGAAUGAGUAUAAAUAUAUUUUCCUGCAUUUAAGUGAAUUUUUUACUGAAAGCUUCUGACCAUUAUUUUGAAACUCCACACCGGAAGCUGAGAGGACGCUUUCACAGUGGUGUCGUCACUGUGGAAGCGUCCUCUCAGGUGAUGGACUCUCAGAAGGAAGCUCUGUGCCGGAUCAUCAGCACACUAGCCAAUAAGAAUGAAGAGCUGCAAACCUUCCUGGAAACCGUCGACAACACACUGAUGGGCCUGCAGGAGGAGUCAUGUAAGGUGAUGUCAGAGCUGGAGGCGGAGCUCGAACAGCUAAACUCGGCCUUGGAGGAGAGAGGGGCGGGGCUCCGUGAUGUCAUCACAGAGGAGAAGCGGAGGAAAGAGGCGGAGCUUCAGAUGUCGGAGGGGAAGUUCGCCCUGCGGUCGGGCGAAGAACUCCUUGAGUUCGCAAACCAAACGCUGACGAUCACCAAUGAAGAAGAAUUCCUCAAGGCAGCGAAACAAAUCAAAGAGAGGGUAACCAUGGCCCCGGCGUUCCGCCUGACGACCCGUCCGGCGGUGUCGGAGAACAUGUCGCAGUUCACCGUCGACUUCAGCGCAGAGAGGGCGGGACUUCAGAGACUCCACUUCCUGCCCGUUCCCAGAGCUCCGGAGAUUAACGCCUCCGGCUGUGUUGCCCGGGACAACAGCAUCACGGUGGCCUGGCGACCAGCCGGCGACGGCGACGGCGGACGAAUCGAACGCUACGAUCUGGAAUACAGGAAGACAAACCGUGAGGAUUCGCUGAGGGCCGCCGGAGAGGCAUCCUGGGAAAAAAUCCCUGACAUCACAGAGACUCACGCCACCGUCUCAGGUCUGAAGUUCGAUUCCCGCUUCGUGGUCGUUCGCGUCCGAGCGAGGAACAAAGCGGCCGCCGGCGACUUCUCCGAGCCCGUCACCAUGGAGACCAGAGCCUAUACGUUUGGGUUCGAUGCGGCGUCGGCUCACGCUGAGCUGAGGGUUCGGGGCGACAUGGUGAGCUGGGAGCCGCAGGGGGUCAAAGGUCACGACGCCCGGCUGAGAGGAAAAGAGAACAAGAGCAGCAGCAGGAGCGCCACGCCCUCACCCAAUAAGACGGCAGGGAGUCGAGGCGCACGCGACCGAUUCGCCGGAGAGUCGUACACCGUGCUGGGCGACCAGGAGAUGGUGGGCGGCGGCCACUACUGGGAGCUCCGCCCCCUCGCUGACUGGAAGUCCUUCAGUGUGGGCGUGGCCUAUCGCUCUACCCUCGGACGCUUCGACCAAUUAGGAAAAAGCUCUGGUUCCUGGUGUUUCUAUGCAAGCCAAUGGCUGCAGAGCUCGCUCGCUGCCAAGCACAACAACCGGGCGAAGGCGCUUGAUUGGCCGCUGCCUCAGCGAAUAGGAAUCUACUGCGACUACGACAACGGAGAUUUACUCUUCAUCGAUGUCGAUCGUCUUCGUCUUCUUCACUCCUUCAAAACAAAGUUCAGCCAGCCACUCGUCCCCGCCUUCACCGUUUGGUGCGGUGGUAUUGCCUUGACGACAGGCCUGCAGGUGCCAAGCUUCAUGGCUAAUUUCCUCUCGACCAAUCAGAGCCUGAGCAACCUGUCACCGUAGAUCCACCUCCAAUCAGCUGCUUCCAUUUCACUGCUGUUAAUUAUCAUUCAUUUAUUCUUUUAUACAUUUGUAGUUAUGAGUUUUAAUUUAUUACAGUAAAUGUUAUUACAGAUGUAUUACCUGUGAAUUGUUGAUAUUAAACAUCUAGAAUAAAUAUUUAAAUUAAAUGAUAUAAUACAAAAAAUAUAUAUUUUAUUUCCUGUUCGAUUAUGAAAUUCUGGACCUGAAGCCAUACAUUAAGUUUGAGUGCUUUUAUUGUGAAGGGAAUGUCACUUUAUGUCAAAGCUGGAGAAGCAACAGAAAAAAGUGGCUUUUAUUUAGAAAAUCUACUAUUCUUUUCUUUGGGUGUGGCUUGCAUUCUGAUCAAUUCUCAUUAGAACCUAAAAUACUUUUAUUCUGAAAGAUGUCUUCAGUUAUUGUGUUGCAUUCCUUCUAGCUUUUAUUUUGAAGGCUGUAACAACGCAUACAUUAUUUUGAAAUUCAUGAGGAAUAUAUGUUUUUAAUAGUUUGAAAGACUUUAAUAUUGUCAUGCCUUUCGACUGGCUUUUAUUGUGAAAUUUCUAACAAGAUGUCCUUUAUUUUGAAACCUAUAAAAUCCUGUUUAAUUUAUGUGAAAGACCUCGUUAGAGUUAAUGUCUUGUAUUUCGCCUGGCUUUUAUUUUGACAUUUCUUCCAAGAUGUACUUCGUUUUGAAACCUAUCAGAGGUUCUGUGUUUAAUUAUGUGAACUACUUUUAUUGUCAAAGACUAAAUUAGUGUUGUGCAUUCUUUCUGGCUCUUAUUUCGAAGGUGAGAACUUCCAGUUUUUGACUGAAUGAUUUUUAUUUCCUGUUUGUAUUGAAUUAAAUGUUAAAAUCACAAAAGUUUGACAGAAAACAGAACUAUUGUGUUAAUUUAUUAUCGUGUGUAAAUGUUUUAUAUCAACAAAUAUUUUGAUAAACUGAAAAAUAAAUGUCAUUGAUGCUGUAAAAA